AUGAAGGUGCAGAACAUCAGGACCGUCUCUCUCAUCCUCUCCAUCGUCUUCUACCUGUUCAUAGGAGCCGCCGUGUUCGACGCGCUCGAGUCGGAAAGUGAGAGCUCCAGGAAGAAGGCGCUGGAGCAGAAGCUGAACGAGCUGAAGAAGAAGUACGGCUUCAGCGAGGAUGAUUACCGGGAGAUAGAGAGAGUUAUCCUGCAGUCGGAGCCGCACCGAGCCGGGAGGCAGUGGAAGUUUGCCGGAUCUUUUUAUUUCGCCAUCACUGUGAUCACCACGAUAGGUUAUGGCCACGCUGUUCCAUGCACUGAUGCUGGCAAAGCCUUCUGUAUGUUUUAUGCAGUCGUGGGCAUCCCUCUGACACUGGUCAUGUUCCAGAGCCUGGGCGAGAGGAUCAACACUCUGGUCCGAUAUCUCCUGCGUAAAGCCAAGCAGGGCCUGGGCUUCCGGGAGACGGAGGUGUCCAUGGGGAACAUGGUCCUCGUGGGUCUGCUGUCCUGCGCGAGCACCCUGUGUAUUGGAGCUGCAUCCUUCUCCCAUUUCGAGGACUGGACUUUCUUCAACGCCUGCUACUACUGCUUCAUCACUCUCACCACCAUCGGCUUUGGAGACUUUGUAGCCCUGCAGAAGAAAGAUGCCCUCCAGAAGCGACCCCCCUAUGUGGCCUUUAGCUUCCUGUACAUUUUAGUCGGGCUGACAGUCGUUGGAGCUUUUCUGAACCUGGUGGUGUUGAGGUUUAUUGCUGUGAACUCAGAUCAGCCUGAGGCGGGGGCAGAAGAGGAAGGAUCGCAGCCUAAAGACACGCAGGAGGACGGGAAGGCGCUGGAUGCAGGAGCAGAAAGUCCUGAGUCUGAACGUAAAGACAGCGAAGGCGGACACAGCAGCCGGUGUAACCUUUCCCUUCCCAUGGAGGGCGGCACCAGCUGCACCAGCCUCCUCCCUUUUCCUGCAGAGGAGCACAGACUGGUGACAUCCGAGCGCUCUGAGCUGCCUGAACCCAGCAGAGUCAGUGCCUUGCUCUGCUGCAUGUGCUGCGGCCUGGACGUUUACGACAGCACCUCGGAGUCUCAACGUGACCCGACAAGCGGCCACAACAACCCGGUGUUUUACAACUCCAUCUCCUACAGGGUGGACCAGGCCUCCUGCAGCUCCUGCACAGCGUCCUCACCGGCCUCCCCCAGCAGCGUGACUCUCUGUCUGGGCAAGAACAACCAUCACACCAGGCGGAAGUCGUUCUGAUGAUGUAAUUUUG